AUGUCCGCCGGAGGAGACUUGGGGAACCCUCUGAGGAAAUUUAAACUCGUCUUUUUAGGAGAACAGAGCGGUGAGUUGAGUCUUUUGGAACGCCUUGGAGGCUUGGUUAUCAGUUGCCAAACAUGAUAACGCAUAUUGAAGGCCAUAACUGUAUUCUUUGGUCUAUUUGAAAGUUUUCACUAUUUUCACUAAAUGUGUUGAGAGGUUGAGUCAUAUGUUAACUCAAUCAACCAAUUCACUGGUUCCUGUCACGAUUUUGUUUCUGUAGAAAAUUUGAUUAGUCAUCCAUUUCGAUCUAAAACGUCAUAAAAUAAAAUGUAGGCUAUCCUCCGCGUUUUACCGAUAUUCAUAUUUUAUUUCAACCAAUUUCUCUAUUUAAACAUGUUUUAUUGUAUUUUAGUAUCAUUGGUAUUACAGAUACAGUAAGCGACGUGAUAUACGAAUUUGGAUGUUUUGAUGUGGUGCAGUGGCCGGCAGAAAGAUUCGUUCUGUUUCAAGAUUAUAAGAACAUUUUAUCACAGUUCCAUUGUUGAUUAUAGACUUAAACAUUUAAACGGAUUAUAUGAUUAGAUAUGAUUUUUUUCCCGGUUUAAUACGGAUAAAUAGAUAAAUAGUUCCCAUGUGUCAAUUCGGGACACACCCAGGUUGGCGAUGUCUGUAGAAUUUAUAAACCUCGCAGUCACUGUCUCCAGUCACUUGACUCACAAUUCCAAACCAUAAUAUCACAAUGGUCACGAAUGUUUUGUCAGUGUCAUAACAUUAUGAUUUUUUCAAUAAUUCAAUAAUUUAGCGAACAAUGGCGGUUUACAUGGUUGAUAUGGCGUAGAGUCUAGAUCAAUAAUGGUUUAGCGCUAUAAACCUCUUAGAAUACGUGGUCAGACAUCAGGCAGUCCGAGUGGCUAUCCACCUCUGCUCGAUCAUGGUACUGAAGUAUACAAUACUAUACAUUUGGGCAUUGUAAUGGUUUAUUUAUAAUAUAAUGGAUGUGUGUGUGUGUGUGUGUGUGUGUGUGUAUCUAUGUGUGUGUCUGUGUGUGUGUGUGCAUGUGUGUGAGAGUGUGUGUGUGUGUGAGAGAGAGAGAGAGAGAGAUAGAGAGAGAGAGAGAGAGAGAGAGAGAGAGAGAGAGAGAGAAAGAGAGAGAGAGAGAGAGAGAGAGAGAGAGAGAGAGAGAGAGAGAGAGAGAAUGUGUCAUGUCCAUUCCAUAACUGAGUGUAUGUUCCUGUUUGUGUGUAUGUAAUGGUAGCUGUCAUGGCUUUCCAUAGAAAAGGAUGCUGAGAUGUAGCUGUCCAUGGCACUGUGUGUGUGUGUGUGUGUGUGUGUGUGUGUGUGUGAGUGUGUAUGUUUGUUUAUGUGUGCACAUGUGUGUUGUUGUAUUUGUAUGUAGCAGCCUAAUGGCUUUCCAUAAGGUAUGCUUUUAUGUAGCUGUCCGUGGUGCUGAUUUCAAGCCUGUAUUGGCCACUGCCCAUAGUCUGCUGUAGGCAUCGUUUUGGGCUGUGAGUGAUGAGCAUUGGGUAAUGGGAACUAAUUAGGCUGUAUUUCAGUGUACCUGUGAUUGUGUGUGUGUGUGUGUGUGUGUGUGUGUGUGUGUGUGUGUGUGUGUGUGUGUGUGUGUGUGUGUGUGUGUGUGUGUGUGUGUGUGUGUGUGUGUUUGUGUGCGAGCAUGCUUGUGCAUGCAUGCAUACAUUUAUGUAUGUAUGUAUAUGAAGUUUCAUUCCAAAAUGCUAUACAGUAUAUCAAUCUUCAGCAAUGUUGGCAAAUGAGCUUUUUUUGUUUAAAGAACUUCUGAAAGAGAUUGGUGUUUCAUGGCAUUGGGUUGUUAAAUGACACUAGAUGGUUUUAUUUCAGAGAACAAACAAUCACAUUUUGUUGCAAAACAAGAUAUAUCCGCCUCACUCUCAGAGAAAAUAGUAGCACUGCAAGAUUUUACACAGUAAAAUGUGACAAAUAAUUACACUUUUAAUAAAGAACAGUACAAAUUAUACAUUUUUGACAUCAAUAUGUUUUUUAAAUAUAUAUUUAAAUGUUUAAUCAAUACAGGAAUAUGAGAUCUGGGCUCUGGUCAAAUGUAGUGCACUAUAUAGGGAAUAGGGUGCCAUUUGGAAUGAGGCCUAACUGUAACCAAACACUAUAGCAUGAGGCUAGAUGUAUGAUGGGUUGAAUUGAUAUGUUAAAUAAACAGGAUACGAACAUUCAAUUCCAGCAAAACAUAUAUAUAUAGCGUUUUGCAACAAAACCCAUUUUAAUACACAUCUAAAAUCUAUGAAUAAAAAAAUCUGAGACCAGUAAUAUUUUACACACAAAAAGGUACCCAUAAGCAUUCAUUUCUGAUGAAAAAACACGUGUAAAAUUGGUGGAUAUCGCGUUUUGGAAAUAAACGUUUCAAUAUUCACCCCUGUGUUCUGUUCCUCUUCCAGUGGGGAAGACAUCACUUAUCACCCGGUUCAUGUACGACAGCUUCGACAACACAUAUCAGGUAAGACCUGGCUGCUUUAUUUAAUGUUCUGGUACAAACAAAUUAUAGGACAAAACGUACAGUACAAAGUACAAAGGGCAAUACAAAUGUAAUUACAGUAGAUUUCAUUCGAUUUGUGCGCUUGGCCUUCACACAAAAUAGCUUUAUAUGUCUCCUAUCUAUCACAGUACAUCCUUUCCUUUGUGAAUAACAAAAGAUAGAGGGUGACUCACUGGACCCUGUGUGCUAUUAUUGUGACUCACUGGACCCUGUGUGCUAUUAGUGUGACACACUGGACUUGUAUUGCACUAUUAUUGCUAAUAUCACUUUACUCUUGUUUUAUUUGACAGGCGACCAUUGGGAUUGACUUCUUAUCAAAGACCAUGUACCUGGAGGACCGAACAGUAAGAAACUCUGUCAGUUACCUGAAAUAAACACAGAUCAACAUGGACUACAUCAUUUACAACUUGUUUAGGACCCUAGCACCCUAACUAGUACAAUAGCACCCUAUUUGUCCUAGCAUACUACACAUGCUAACUAUACAUACUAUACAUAUUGCUACAUACUGUAGAUGAGGCAUUCAUAAAUUAGUAUGGUGAAAUGAAUUUAAAUAAACAUGUUUGUAAAGGGUUGUUGUAGUUGAAUAGUGUUGCUUAGCCAGGACUGUGGCUCAGUGGGCUUGUGUGUGUCUAGGUGAGACUGCAGCUGUGGGAUACAGCAGGCCAGGAACGCUUCAGGAGCCUCAUCCCCAGCUACAUACGGGACUCUACUGUCGCUGUGGUUGUGUAUGACAUUACAAGUGAGUGGUAAAACUCACACAACGAGCAGAACCAUAUGGAUGCACACAUACGCGCACACACACACACACACACACACUGUGCCUUGUAAUGGCCUACACUGUAAUACACAGUAACAUCCAGUAAAAAGGUACAUUAUGUAUUUCCUUCAAAAGACGUGAACUCGUUCCAGCAGACCUGUAAGUGGAUUGACGACGUUCGAACAGAGAGGGGCAGUGAUGUAAUCAUCAUGUUAGUGGGCAACAAGACAGACCUGGAGGAGAAGAGGUGGGUGAUAGUUUAUAUCUGGUGCACAUGUUAUUUAUAUAUUAGGCCUACAUACUGAAUACAUGCUGUAUACAGGUGUUCUAUCUUAAUUGACCAGUUUCUUACAGCAGGAAAAUAAUCCUGCAGCAACAGGACAUGUGAAUUAUUAUGUGGAUUAUAAUGAAUGGACAUUUUUGUAGGAGUUGAUACAUUUUUUGUUAGGACAAAUCAAGUCAGACAUUUUUGUGGCUUCUAAAGUUUGUAAGUGGAAAUUAAAAACUUUAGUAGCCUUUUUAAACCUCAAAUACACUACAGGUUUGCAUUUCCUGCUGUGCAGGAAAAUUCUCUGCAACAACAGAGUGAUCAAAUUAAGAUAGUACAUCUGUAUCUGUUUUUGAAUGCUUUGAAUUUGGAUAAUCCAAUCAAAGGGGUCUUUUGUCUGCCUUAUUUUAACUUUUUCAAUCCUUUCAAAUGGAUUACAUAUGGAUUGAAAGCAUGAACAUAAGUUACCUGAUUUGAUUUAAUGCAUCAAUUGUUCAACGCCAUUGGUUCCACAUAAACUGUUCAAGAUUUCUAGUAAGGAUUUCCCUUUAACAUCUUAAUGCAUGCUAUGGUCUGAUUCUCCCACAGGCAAAUCACUAUUGAAGAGGGAGAGCAGAGAGCCAAAGAACUGAAUGUGAUGUUCAUCGAAACCAGUGCCAAGACAGGCACCAAUGUCAAACAGGUGAUUCUUCCUAUCAAAUUUCAAAUUUCUUAAUUAGGCACUUGAUAUUUCACUUUUUUAGCUUCUUUAUUUGCUUCAAGUUUGACUCACUCAAGCAUACACACUAAAAAAGUAGGGUUCCUCAAGGGUUCUUUGGGAAAGGUGAUGGUUCUAUGUGGAACCAUACUGACCCGAAUAACCCUUUGAGCCCUUCAAUAGUGUUCUUUACUAUUUUUGUGAUAAUUAAAAUGUAUGGACUGCGGCUCAUUCGAAUAUUUUUGGGCGUGGUUUGUGCACAGCUCUUUUUGUGCAACCGUGAGUGAGAGUGUCAUUCCAGUUUAUGUAAUCUUUAUAGAACCUUAGGAAAAGGUCCUUUAUAGCAUCAUAAAGAUUCCAUUUAGAACCUGAUGAGCAUAGUUCUUUAUAGAACCUUCAAAAAAAUGUUGCAUGUAGCACCAGAAAGGGUUCUGAUAUGGUUACCAGCCAAAUAACCUUUAUUUGGCACUAUAUAGAACCAUUUGUUUUUAGUGUGUACGAUUUAUGUAGUGGAAAUUCCUUUUAGGAUGUAGUUAAAUGUUAAUUGUAUUAUAUAUUUUCAAUGUAUUUUCCUCUCGAUCUCUCCCUCUUUCUCCCUCCCUCGCUUUAUCUCUAGCUGUUUCGGCGUGUUGCAGCAGCCUUACCUGGGAUGGAGAGUUUGGACGAUGCGAACCCUGAAGGCAGUAUCCUUUAGAACAGAGAGUCAGUGAGUAACUCAACAAUCUGUCAACCAAGGCUCAGAACAGCAAAGAGAAACUCAGUGGAGAGAAAAAGUAUUUAAGUCAUUGUGGUUGCUGGCACUGUAACAAAGAAAUAAGCAGACAUAGGCAGCCAUCUUCAGUGCAGUGAACCAGUAAUAUUACAUAAUGGGUUUGUAUGGAAUCUGUAGGACAGGGGGAGAGGAUGCCCCCUAGUGACGGUAUAGCAGGGUAGCACCCUGUGCCUAGGGAAACAUAAUAAUAUAAUAUUCCAUUUAGCAGACGCUUUUAUCCAAAGCGACUUACAGUCAUGUGUGCAUACAUUUUUACAUAUGGGUGGUCCCGGGGAUCGAACCCACUACCCUGGCGUUACAAGCGCCAGUCUAUCCUUCAACAUGAUGAAGGAUAGACUAUGUGUGUGUGUGUGUGUGCGAGAGAGAGAGAGAGAGAGAGAGAGAGAGAGAGAGAGAGAGAGAGAGAGAGAGAGAGAGAGAGAGAGAGAGAGAGAGAGAGAGAGAGAGAGAGAGAGAGAUAGGAGAGUCCAUAAUGUUGCAUUAUAGUCCUCUCUGUUGACUCUUUUGCGCCACAGUUUUGUUGUUUAUAAUGGAAUAUGCAGAUAAUGUUUUAUGUAUUCCCUAAGUUUUCCUUAAUUGGACACUUUCCAGUGAUUGACAUCAAGCUGGACAAACCAGCAGAACCUACUGUUCCUGCGGGCGGGUGCUCGUGUUAAUGCAGAGCUGUUGGACAGCUUCCUUCACACCAUAGGCUUGUUGUGUUGCUUCCUACUGGUUAGCUUCCAGUUGACUUUUCUGAUUGGAUAUGGGCCACGUACUGUAUAUCUGAUUGGACGAAUCAAGUGUUAUUUCAGUCUUCAGUUGUAAAAUAGUGUAUACUUUGUCAAUAUGUAAGUGCCAGAGAAGGAUAAAAAUAAUAAAAAAAAGUUGUAGAAAAUGAAAAAAGGGAGAAAAUGGAAUGAAACUCGAAUUCUUUUCGCCGUUAUGUUUUGUAUUUUUUUAUAUAAAAGGGAAAGCACCAAAAAUGACACGUAAAUUGGGAAAAGUGGGGAAGUCCAUUUCCAAGAUGGCUACCCUGUCUGAAUAUCUGCAGCACGCAUGCACGCUGAUCUCAAGCCUACAACCCUGGAGCGGCUCAACUAACUUAGAAUGUUUUAUAUCAUAAUAAUAGCAUACUCAUAUCAACAAUGUGUCCCAUUUGAUAUUCCCCACAGGCGUUGAUUUACCAUAGAUUCACCGUUACUUACAGUACUAUAGCUGUGAAAAUGUGUCACUCUCAAUGGGCAACUUUUAUAGAACACCUGUGCUGUGGUAAAAGAAGAAGAAAAAGCCAAUGGAAUUUCACAAGCCCGCCCCCUCUCCUCCCCCUUCCUUCCUCCUUUCCCCUGUUAUACAUAUAAAGAUCUACUGUACUGCACUGCACUGUAUAUAAUAAUGUAAUAUGUAUGUUAUGAAUGUCCCUCGGUAGAAGUGGUCCUUGUUCACUGGUAUGAAUAAUGUAAUAAUGUUUAAUGAUUAAUAAAUGAAAGAUUAAAGGGCUUCACUCUCCUAACCAUCCAUACUUA